AUGUCAUCUGCCCAAGAGAAAUACAUCGCCCUCACCCAGACAGCGGGACCAGUCGAGCCCUCAACGCUCGAAGCGCUCUUCGACCAACUGCAACCGAUCAAACCGGGCCAGCUCCUCGGCGAGUGGAACGGCGGGUUCUUUGACACCGGCCAUCCCGUGGCAGACACUCUCCGGGAGAUCCAAUGGGUCGGGAAAUCGUUCAAGACGACCGAGUUCGUCGACCCUGUCAUUGUCGAACAGGAUGGACAAAGAGCCAGCUGGGGGCAGUGGGGACUCGCCAGUCUGCGGGAGAUGGUGUUCCGGGGCGUAGUGUCCACCGCCAUGAUCUAUGAUGAUCGGCCUGUCAUUGAUCAUUUUCGCUAUGUGGAUGACCACUUGGUGGCUGGCGUUAUGGAGGGCAGGGCGUUGGGCGAUGCGGGUGUCUUUUAUUUCUACUUGAGGAGAUAG